AUGAUACCCCAAAGGCCUAACGGUAUGAUUUUCUACAACGCUCUGAAAAACAAACAAUUGAUAUGGAAAAAUGGAAUCAUACCGUAUGAAAUGGAUCCAGCGUUCUUUCCACACGAAAGGAAGAUAAUAGAGAAGGCAUUUGCUAGCUAUCGUAAAAGUACAUGCAUCCGAUUCGAGCCAAGGACUGACGAGCCGGACUAUCUGAACAUUGUAAAAGGCUAUGGGUGCUAUUCACAAGUUGGACGUACUGGCGGUAAGCAGGAGAUCUCACUGGGUCGUGGCUGUCUAUUUCACGAAAUAAUCGUUCAUGAACUAAUGCACUCGGUUGGAUUUUGGCAUGAACACAGCCGUGCUGACCGGGAUGAUCAUAUCCAUAUACGUUGGGAUAACAUACUACCAGGGAUGAAAUCACAAUUUGACAAGAUUUCCGCUGCACUACAGGACACCCAAGGCGAACAAUACGAUUAUCGAUCGAUCAUGCAUUACGAUUCGACAGCAUUCUCUCGUAAUGGAAAGAAUACGAUCGAAACUGUGGUCGAAGGAUUCACAGACAUUAUCGGCAGUUCUGUAGAUCUGUCGGAACUCGAUAUCGUUAAGAUCAAUAAACUCUACAAGUGCUCAGCUCGAAAUGAAGAACCGAAGACGACCACAGCGACAACGACCACGACCGGAUCACCACCUCACAGAGGAAACAUCUUUUUUGAGUCUCUUCUAUUGGUAUUUUCAGGGUGCAUAGACCACUUCAGUGACUGUCCACAUUUCAAGCAGUACUGUCAACGAGCCUCAUUCUUCUUCGUCAUGAAAAGCUACUGCCCACUUACAUGUGGUCACUGCAGGAAGGAUUAA